CUUUCUUUAUAAGAGCGCCAGUGGGAUGGGAGACUGUUAUUUCAACUCUAUAAACUCUCCACUCUGUGAUUAUAAAGUUUCAUUUUCAUAGAUUAAAAAUGCUUCAACCGGAUGGAGUUGUUCUCAGUAAUGCUGACAGGAUGAGGAUAGAGAAGCAAAAGCUUGAGAUAAAGAGGAUGCGGUUAACCAAGGAACAACUCGAGCUCUUCAGGGACACUUUUGUAAUCUUUGAUAAAGAUGGGGAUGGAACUAUUGAUACUAAGGAGUUGAGUACAGUACUGAAGAGUAUGGGGUACAACCCUACAAUAGAGGAAAUCAGAGAUAUGGUGGAUCAGGUUGAUAAUGACGCCAGUGGAAGUAUAGAGUUUUUAGAAUUCCUUCUACUCAUGGGAAAUAUAAUGAGGGAUCAGCCGAGUGAGGCAGAUCUAAGAGAUGUGUUUACCGUGUUUGACAAGGAUAGAAGUGGGUUUGUCUCUAGCAGUGAAAUUAAGCUUGUGAUGGGUCAGCUUGGUGUUCACUUUACAGACGAAGAACUCCUUGAAAUGAUGAUAGAAGCUGACACAAAUGGAGACAAUCAGGUGGACUUUCAGGAGUUCAAAGCAAUGAUUUUGGCGAAAUGAUUUUUGGGUGAAGUGACGAAAAAAUAAUAUAAAAAACAGUUCUUUAUUAAAAGUCUACAAACAACAAAAAUUACCUUUGU